CAAUUUGAAAUGAUCACGAGGGUACUCGUCCGAGUCGGACCUUGACCUCCCCCACAUACUAGCCCUACCAUGAGACAUACUGCCAGGGUCCUUCAGUCGCUCGAGCGACAAAUUGUGCGUGCCAAGAGCACUGCAUUCAUCGGUCUUGGUCGAAUGGGCUCAGAGAUGGCCUUUAACUUCUUUUCGAAGACAUUCGCAGAAUCACCUGAUGCCCACUUUGUCGUUUGCGACGCGCUCCCAACCAGUGCGAUUACCUUUCGUCAGAACUUUGUGACCCAGUUCCCUGGGGCCCAUAUCGACAUUGUUCUCACCCCCGAAGAGGCAGUGCAUGCUUCUCAAACAGUAUUGACAAUGCUUCCAUCCUCGCCUCAGGUCAAGACCGUUUAUUCUGAAGCAAACGGAGUCAUCUCUGCGCUGGAGUCUCUCAGCGCCGCGGAGUUGACGCGCUCUCUUUUCAUCGACUCUACAACGCUAGAUGUUGGAAUUUCCCGAAGUGUCGCGGCGGAGGUGAUCUCUGCAGGAGCGCACAUGGUGGACGCACCCGUAUCGGGCGGUGUAACAGGUGCCAAAGCGGGCACGCUGGCUUUUCUUGUUGGCGGGACCGAGGGUGCUUUUGAGUUGUCGCAGCCGAUCCUCGCCCACAUGGGCAAUCGCAUUAUCCAUUGUGGCCCAUCAGGCGCUGGUCUUGGCGCCAAGAUAUGUAACAACCUUGUUCUCGGAGUGCAACAGAUUGUCGUCGGCGAAGCAAUGUUGCUCGGACAGAAGCUGGGUCUGGAUCCGCGCAUACUUGCAGGGGUCAUUAACAGUUCCACCGGCGGUUGCUGGGCUUCGUCGGUCAACAAUCCGGUACCGUAUUCGCUCGCCGACAAAUCUCCCCCAUGUGAACGUAAUUACGAGGGCGGAUUUGCUACUGCUUUGAUGUUAAAGGAUAUGCUUCUUGCGACUGAUGUUGCGGCCUCUACCGACAGUCCAUUACCACUAGGGAAGUCUGCACAGAAUUUCUAUGCCGAAACGUUGAGGCAUCGACCGGAUCUGGCACAAAAGGACUUCUCUUCUGUGUACGAGCGCCUGAAGGAAAUGAGACGAGAGGAUUAAAUUUGGGAUCAUUCGGACUUGAUACCAUGAGAUUAUAUCCGUUCCGCGCAGCAUUAAUGUAGAUGAUAAACGUUUACUAGCCCCGCACUGCAAGACGAGGGUUUUACUUGUGCCUACAAGCUCCUACAAGCUCUCCAUAAACUCGAUUAGGUUCCAUUAGGUCAGUGCCUUCCGGCGGCAACGAGAAUACGUAAUCAUUGAUUAUAGGGACACGAAGAAUGAAUUGGCAUGGGUCCGAGUCACUCAAUCGAUCGCGGCGAUGUCUGAAACUGGAAUUAAUUCAAAGUUGGUAAUAAUGUCAAGGGUCCCUGGGAUGAGGCUACUAGGGUGGUGACCCUGAUAUUUUAAUAUGAGACAAAUUGUCUAAAAACAUGUAUGUUUUUCU